AUGGGUCUCUCGGAACUCUUCGCGGACUUUGUGAGCGCCGUCGGCUUCACAGAAGUCCAGGCUGAAGCGCCGCCCGCCGAGGAGGAGACUCCCACUCCCGCUCCGGAGGCGGAGGAGGAAGCGGAAGAGGCACCGGCUGAAGAGGAACAGGAAGAGGAGGAAGAAGAGGAGGAGGAGGAGGAACCAGAAGAUAUUCAGCCGCAAUUGGAGCAAGAGUGCGCCAACUCUAAGCAAUGUGCCCCAUACAAGCACCACUUUGACGAGUGUGUCGAGCGAGUUACCCGGAACUCCGAGGACCCUGAUUUCAAGGGCCCCCACGAAGAUUGCGUUGAGGAGUUCUUCCAUCUCCAACACUGCGCAACCCAGUGUGCCGCCCCCAAACUCUGGGCCGCUCUCAAAUAA